AUGCGCGGCCGCCCCGCCUUCCCCCUCCCUCUCCCGGGAGGAGGGCGCUCCGCCGCUGAGGCGAAUGGGGCGGCAUCCUCGGCGGGGGGCGGCUGUCCCGGGGGAUUCCCGGAGAGCGGUGGGAGGAAGGCAGGGGAUCCCGGAGCCCAGCUCGCCGUCUUCCCCGGACGAGGAGGGGGUGGCGUCCUGAGGCGGCCGGGAGAAGGGCGACGCCGGCGGCGGAGGACGGGCAUCGGCUCCCGCCGGGGACCCCCGCGCCGCCAUGGGCAACACCACGAGCGAACGGGCGCCCGGGGAGCGCCACGGCUCCAAGUCCCACCGCGCCGAUGGCGCCGGCGGGCAGCCGCACGGCAAGGAGCACCCGCACAAGAUCAUGGUGGGCAGCACGGACGACCCGAGCGUCUUCAGCGUGCCCGACUCCAAGCUCCCUGGGGACAAAGAGUUUGUGUCCUGGCAGCAAGACUUGGAGGACUCUGUCAAGCCCAUGCAACAGGCCCGUCCCACGGUCAUCCGAUGGUCUGAGGGAGGCAAGGAAGUCUUUAUCUCUGGGUCCUUCAACAACUGGAGCGCCAAAAUCCCACUCAUUAAGAGCCACAACGAUUUCGUUGCCAUUUUGGAUCUCCCUGAGGGGGAGCACCAGUACAAGUUUUUUGUCGAUGGCCAGUGGGUCCAUGAUCCAUCAGAGCCUGUUGUUACCAGCCAGCUCGGCACCAUCAACAACCUGAUUCACGUCAAAAAGUCUGAUUUUGAGGUUUUUGAUGCUCUGAAGUUGGAUUCCAUGGAGAGUUCAGAGACUUCGUAUCGAGAUUUAUCCAGUUCUCCACCAGGGCUUUAUGGUCAAGAAAUGUAUGCUUUUCGAUCUGAGGAGCGCUUCAAAGCUCCACCCAUCCUCCCUCCUCACCUUCUCCAGGUUAUUCUUAACAAGGACACUAAUAUUUCUUGUGACCCGGCACUUCUCCCUGAACCAAACCACGUCAUGCUCAACCACUUGUAUGCAUUGUCCAUUAAGGACAGCGUGAUGGUUCUCAGUGCCACUCAUCGCUACAAGAAGAAGUAUGUGACCACGCUGCUGUACAAGCCGAUCUGAAGAGAUGCUCUCGGCUGUCCUGGCCCUGGGAGGCGUGCCCCCUAUCUCUGUACUGAACCCCCAUUGUAGCUUAGAAUUGAAAACUGACUUGACCUUUGAGGCCAGUUGAUGUGUUUCUGAGCCUCCUUUGAAUAGGCUGUUCUGCUUUUCCAUUGGACUGCGGGAGAGCGUGUGCGUGUGUGCGUGUGUGUGUGCGCGUGUGUGCAGUUUUGUUUUUUUUUUUUAAAGGAAAAGGGUGGGCUCAUACAUAUAUAUUGAACAUACAGUAUGUUAAUGUUAUUGGAAACCUAGCCACUGCCAAAUCUCUAUCUUAGGAUGCCUGUUGGGUGCUUUCCAGAGGCCUGGGGGAGCAGAAGUAAGAACCCCCCUUCAAAUCACCUCCCCUGACCUGCAUGGAACAACAAAUGUAUAGGAGUCUUGUCUGGCAGAGAACCUGAGGACAAAAGGGGGUCCCGUGUUGGCCUGGUGCUCCCCUAGGAUCCCCUGCAUCUCCCUCUGGAAGCUGUCCUUGAUAAGUGGAAGGCCUGUCUUUUCUCAAGGGCCCCAAAGCUGAUUUUUUUUUUUCUCCCCAUAUAAUACUGUUCCUUCUUCCCCUUGAGGACAAAGCAUAGAGACAUGGGUGAGGAUCCCUUGAAGGGCGGUGGUGUAGGGACCCCAUUUCCAGCCUGGGUUGUCUGGGGAUACCCUUUCUCUUUAGAACACAAGCCAAGAUGCUCUCCAGGGGCUGGCUUUAGUUUCCAGUGAAGAAACACAUUCAUGAAGUCCUGAGAAUGACAGAUUCCACCUCAUGCAGGCUUGCUUUCAGCUCCCUCCAGCAUGAAAGGGAGAUCCCUAAGGGAGAUCUCGUUCUUGAGCCUGGCUUCCAAGAACUUACCUGUGGGCAGCCUUCCCUGGGCCUACCGUUAUAAUAUAAUGCCAUUAUGAGCGUAUGUGUGCAUUAUGUAUAUGUAGUCUGAUGCCAUUAUAUAAUAAUAACUGACAUUUCUAUAGUGCUUUAAAGUUUACAGAGCAUUUUAAUCUCUCAUUCGACUCUAAUAACCCGAUAAAGUAGGUUUUACAUACAUUACUUUUCUCAUUUUACAGAUGAGAAAAAUUGAAUGUAAGAGUAAUUAAGUGACUUGCCCUGGUUCCAAAGCUACUAUCAAAGGUGGGAUUUAUAACUCCUGAGUCCAGCCUUCUGAUCGCUCUGCCAUGGAGGGUCACCCUGGUUUCCUUGGCUAGAGAAGGAAAUUCCUUCAGCCCUCAGUUUCUUGCCCUGGAGCUUAGACACAAGGUGGCCUCCUUUGUUUAAGCUUUAAGAAUUUUGCCCUGAACCCUUAAGAAGGAUUUUGGGGUUUUGUCUCCUCAUUUUAAAAGUAACUAGACUUUGGCUUAGCAGAAAUCAUGGAGCCAAAUUCAUCAUUAGAUUGUUGAGGCUUAAAAAUCUUAAAAUCUUGCAAGUGUCUGUGGGCCUUCCCUUUUUACAGAGAACUGCAGGUCAUCCAUCCAGCGUUCCAGGAGGCUAAAGCUGUUAGUGGCUGAGGGGCUCCCAGACUGCCCGGGAUGGACCCUGCCUUCCGCCCUUCCUGAGCUGAGCUUGGGGAAGACCUGUGGCUUGGGAGGGUGACCCAGUUGGUUCCCAGCAUCCUCGCUGGCCCGAGGCUUAGCUUAACGGGGUACGUCCUGGUGAUGGGGGACAGUGAGUGGAACCCAUUAGGGACUUGGCUAAUAACUGAGCUGGAUUUAAUGCUGCCUUGGACACUUGGGAACUUUCCCCUUUGCACCAGAAAUCUUGUAUGGCCUACUUUGGGCCCAGAUGUCCUUCACCAGAAGUGUUACUCUCGUCAUUGUUGAAAUAGGUCAAAUCCCAUGACACUUGGACAUUUUGUUUGAUGAAAUUUGACUUGAAUUGAGUGUUUUAGAAGUCAGAGAAACAAGACUCAGAAUUUUUUCUGUUACACAGUGAUGUUGCCGGAUUAUUUGUUGUGAGAGGAUUAAACAAAGUUGUAGUCGUUACAUCUAAUGACCUGUUUCAUGUUUUAAAUUUUUCAUUCCGCAGUGGGGGCAGGGAAGGGAGUGUUACGUUCACCGAGUAGUUCCACAGUGGUGGGUCAUGGUGCCAGGGAGUUCCAUUCACCCCAUUCCACAUCUGGUGUAUCAUCUUGACAAGCUUUGGAGAAAUCUGUGCAAGAUAGACCCAAGGUAGACAACUAGUUACCAUGGAAUUGGUGAGGAUGGACAUGGCGUUGUUCAAGUACUUUACCUGAAUCUGAGGAAGUAGCCCCCAAAAUUGUUUUGGCUGCCUGGAAGAAGUGAUCCAGAGCUUGAUUUAUUCUGGUUUGUAAAAGCUUUUACAGGUAUUUAUUUUAAUAAUACCUUUAUCUUCUGCCUUAGAGAUUCUGAAGUUUGGAACUGAGGGGCAAAGGAAGUGUUCUUUUAAACUUUUUUAUUGGUCAUUUCCACAGAAUGUUUGAGGGAAAACUGAUAUGUUCACAGAGUGCGUUGAACUUCAGUGAGGAAGAACUCUGAAAGAACCAAAGCAUGUUGUAGGAACAGUGGAGGAACAGGAAAGCAGAAACAGGAUGAGCAACCAAAAGGACGGGGGAGACUCAGAACCUUAGAAACCCGGCUUAGAACCUGGGUUUGUCAAACCACUUGCACGACAGAGGGAUGCCCCCAGGAGUCAUUCUCCAUUAACCUCACUUUUUGGGUUCCCUAUAAAUAUGAUCAUAUCCUAAAGAUGUCAUUCCUCAAUUCGAAUAUCACUUAAAGACAGACUUCUUAUUUUAAGCCAUAACGGAAGCAAUAAAAACAAUUAGAUGGCUCCUUGGAGUUUGUUGAAAUGUGAUGUGGCCUGUAUGAUUGUGACCAGUCAGGGACACACCAGACACCACAAGCAUUGCCUUCAUGAACACAGACCUGGCUCUCCAUACAUCUCCAAUUGGGUGUUUUCUGAUGGAAACUCAGGCAGGAGUGUUCCUUGGGGGGAUCUUUAACCUUCUCUACUCUAAUCAUUUCCAGAUUUCUCCCUUCUUGGCAGACUGGUCCCUUAAGUUAUGACCUAUUUGCCAUGAAAUGGUCAUUGGUUUCUACUUCAUUCUUUAUAUUCUAUUUUAUUCUUGAGAGCCAACUUCCUGCCAUUGUUUAUCAGCUGCUGCUAACUAGUUAUUCACAGUAUCAGAAUAGUUUGUGGUGGGUCAGGGUGUUUACUUCAAAGCUACGCAAUUCAAGAGCAGCUCCUCUCUAAGGAAAAAGGCCUUUUGGAGCACGAGAUCCCAAGCCAGCCCAGUAGCAGUGAAAGAGACCUUUGAUUUGGGCUUUUCAGUCUUGAAUAGAUCCUUAUAAAUCUUUUACAAAUUGAACUGAAUUGAGUUGCCAUCCUGGUCUGUUUUCUGACAAGAUUCUGCUUCGUUUAGAGCAGAGCUUUUCUUUAGUUUGAGGGUCGGGUAUUCUAUGUUCUGUGUUAACUUUUCUGACAUGAGGUGGUAUCCCUGUGCCCAAAAGAACCCUAGCCAACAUAGAGGUAUUUCUCAAGUGAAAUUGGAGACAGGUGCUGGACCCAAUGCUUCUCUCCAAAAGGUUAACCAGGGAAGGGCACCUAGAUGAAGUAUUCUGAAGUUUCUGUGACCUCUCCUGCUCUCUGCAGAUGCUCCCCUGACCAGGAGAGAUUGAUUCAGGGAACCCAAAGCAGAAAUGCCCGUUUGUUGGGUCUUAAAAUCUUUGUCCAGCCCUUGGAAAAAGGCUGAGUUUUCAGAGAAAAGGGGGACCCCUGAUGUGUUGGAAUGAUUUGAAUGAAGGCAGUCAUUCAUAGCUUAUACACUUUGGGGAACAAAAGGGAUAAAUCUGUAAUUUGUGGGAGGGAUUUGUGGGGAGUCACCCCCUCCUGACUGGUGCUUUUUGUUUCUAACAUUGUCAAGGGAUAGAGUUGGCCCUUGAUAUUCCUCAAGAUUCCAGUUCAAGGAAACUUUUUUCCCUACUGAUGACCACAACUUAACCUGGAUAAUCUGUGUGAUAUCUGUACUGUGCAGAGCCUCUGUGAUGUCCUGUGUACAGGUUCCUUUUUUUCAUGAAUGUAACUCAAAGUAAAAAUUAUCGUACAACAAA